UUGCACAACUUGACGAUGCUGCGAGCCCUAGCGGAGCGUGCGCCGCGCCCAAUUCUCGCACGGCGCCGCCUGCGCCUGCUCGUCGGCAGCAGCAGUCGGCCGCACCGCGAGAAGAAGGACGGCGAGGACGCCUACUUCGCCAGCGCCGCCGACAACGCGCUCGGCGUCGCCGACGGCGUCGGGGGCUCGAAGCGCGCCGGCGUGGACCCGGGCGACUUCUCGCGGCGCCUGCUCGCCCACGCGCAGCGGCACGCCGGCGGCGGCGCCGUCGCCGCCGUCGCCGCCGCGCGCGCGGCCGCGACGCGCGACGACGUCUGCCGGCGCGGCGGCAGCUCGACGCUCCUCGUCGCGACGCUCGACGGCGACCGCCUCGAGGUCUGCAACUUCGGCGACAGCGCCUGCGCGCUCCUGCGGCCCGCGCCGCGGCGGUCGCGGGGCGCCGUCGGCCUCUGGCCGCGCGUCGUGCUGCGCACGGCGGACCAGACGCACUACUUCAACUGCCCGUAUCAGGCGUCCGCCGCCGACGACCUCGCGGGCGAGGCGGCCCUCGGCGCCUGCGGCGCCGAUGCCCUCGCGGCGACGGCGCGGGCCGGCGACGUCGUCGUCGCGGCGACGGACGGCUUCUGGGACAACGUUUCCGACGACGCCGCGCAGCGCGCCGUCGCGGCGCGCGUCGGCGUCGUCUGGGCGUCGGCGGCGCGCCAGGGGGGCUUCGGGAGCCUCAGCGACCGCGUCGCGGGCCUGAGCGACGACGCCGCCGCAUUCGACGACUGCCGCGAGAACCUCGACGUGCUCGCGGCCGCGCUCGCGGACGCGGCCGUCGCCGUCUUCGACGACGAAUCCGCCGCGACGCCCUUCACGGACGCCGCGAGGCUCGACGGCCUCGAGCACUACGGCGGCAAGGAGGACGACGUCGCCGUCGUCGUCGGCCUCGUCGUCGCCGACGGCGCGCGGCUCUCCGCGCUCGACGAGGCCCCCGUCCACAACUUCCGCGACGCCGCGCUCCCGGAGGACGGCGCGGCGGAGGAGCCCUAAGCACCGGCCGGCGCAGCGCUAACCGUGCCCUU